AUGGCUGGAGAGCACUUGCCACUGGUUGGGGUGGGUGUUGAAGUAUCAGAGGCUGGGAGCAGCGAAUCCGAAACAUCUUCAACUGAAGCAACGACUUCCCACACGUCGACUCAUGCUGGCGGACCUAUAAAGCUAAAGGUUGUGAUGCUGAACGUCCUGUUAGCCGUAUUUGUCGUCGCAGCACUCAUUGCACACGUUCAGCUAGGAAAGAGCGAACCCGUACAGACCCGGAAAGCUGCAGGGAUACCCCCCCCAACUCGUGACGCUCAGGAACCCGAAAAGUCCAAGCAGGCGCAGGAGGUACCUGCGGAAGUACCUGUUGUACCUGAAUUUUCUGUUGGCCACGAGGAGCAUUUUUCAGACUCUGAUGAUGAUCUUGACGGGGCCAGUGAAGACGGGGAUGGUGAUGCAGCUGCCUUCCCAGAAGAGCAAUCCGAGGCAGAGAAGGGUCCCCUAUCCGGUGCAGAAGUUGAUACUUCAGGACGCCCUGAGACAACCGAGCAGGAGGUGGCCUUGCGAACAGACGGUCUUCAAGGUGAACGUGUGGUCGCCAGUGGGACGGCUGGUUCUCCAGCGAGGACAGAACUUCCUACAAUAGAAGAAAAAAGCGAGCCGGAAGAAGCAGAGGAUGCGUCUGAAGACGCCCCGCAAAAGGAACCCGAAAGUAAGGAUGCAGCUGAGGGUGCUGCGACAGUGAGGGCAGGGUCUCCUGCGGGGGAAGAUAAGUUGCCGCAGCAGGAGGUGCCCGUGCCUCCGGUUACCCCAGACGAACAGAAGGAACCAACACUCGGCGGGGCCCAGCAGGAUGCAGAGUCUCCACCUGCUGCUCCUUCGGAAGAAGACAAGAAACCUCAAACUGCUCCUCUGCCUGAGGAGGACACGAAGCCUCCGGCUACUGCUCCACCGGAAGAGACGACGCCUAGGGCUGCUUCUCCACCGGAGGAGGGGCCGGUGGAUAGGCCUGCUUCCCCACCGGAGGAGGGGCCGAUGGAUAGGGCUGGUUCUCUACCGGACGAGGAAGCAGAGCGUCCUUCUGAAAAGAAGAAGAAGAAGAAGGGGAAGAAGCGGAGAAUAGACACGCUCCUCUCAUGCCUCAAGGAGCCCAUGUUUGACCAACCGUUCGUACUAGGUGAUGAUGACUUGCGACCUCAUGCGCACAUACUCAAGGGUUCUCCUCACGAUAUAGUUAUAGUGCAGGACUUCCCGAUUCCCAGAAAGUUGCUUCAGGACUUCUUAACUGGGGAAUGGCUCGAUGUGACGGUUCUUCAGAUGUACAGCAACCUCAUCUCUGUUCACAUAGACAGUCGGAUCGCUUCUGGACUGCAAAAUGACGUAGCCCUGCUCAGUGCAUCGGAACUUUCAACGGCUUGGCAGCUGUUCAUGAAUGAAGGUCGGAUCCCGACAGUGGACCCAUCCAGCAUCCAACGUGCUUUAAGUGCUGAGAAGGUGGUUUUUGCCAUGGCGACUCCUUUGUGGGACUGGGCCACCCACAAGCACGAGGGCGUUUCCGGACACUUCGUCGUAGCUGUCAUCGAUCGAGUGCAGCACACCGUGUCUGUUGUCGAUAGCCUUCCCCACCCUCGCGACUUCUACCUUCCGAUCUUGGAUUUCUUAAAACAUGUUGCGCAACAGCUGCACGAUCCAACUGCUGGGCCUGUCCCGGCAUAUGAAGCCUCCCCCCAUGUGCCCGAGCGUUUUGGGAGAAGCAUUGCUAAUGCAUGCGGCGCUUUUUGCAUGGAGAACAUCCUCUGUAUAGCAGAGGGCCGCCUGCCCAACUAUAAGAUGUCAGACGCGAAGGUUAUUCGACUGCGCAUGGUAAUGGAGCUAAUUGAAGGCUUAUGGGAUCGCCCUUUGGUCAAUGGGCAAAUACGCGAAAGUUUCGGUAGUUUUAAGGGCUAA